UGCUUUCCAGGUGAAUUUUUUGCGUUUCGUGUAAACACCAUCGAUUAUAGCUGUAUACGUCAAAUCAAGGAAGUGUUUUCUAUCUCUCCAGAUCACCUUUGAAAUCUCACAAAUGCGCGGAGUAUAAUUAUAUGUCUUCGUUGUGAAUAACAAGGAAUUUCUAGAUGUCAGACGAGGGAGUAUGGACAUUGAUCGAAUCGGAUCCAGGUGUUUUCACUGAGAUGCUGCGCGGGUUUGGAGUUGAGGGAGUUCAGGUGGAAGAAUUACACUCCCUUUCAGAAGAGGAAACCGCCGUAUACAAUCCUAUAUACGGUCUGAUCUUCCUUUUCAAAUGGCGUCCUGGUGAAGACCCUAUAGGUGAGCCGGCCGAUACAAGUAACGUGUUCUUCGCACAGCAAGUGAUCACCAAUGCAUGUGCCACCCAAGCGAUCAUUAAUUGUCUUAUGAAUGUCAAUGAUACCAAAGUGAAGAUUGGUCCUGUACUCGAAGAAUAUAGAGACUUCGCGAAACAUAUUGAUCCGGCUAGUCGUGGCCUUGUGUUAUCAAAUUGUGAGAAGAUUCGUCAAGUACAUAAUAGCUUUGCGAGACCAACCUUUUACGAACUUGAUCUCAAUUUGCCUUCAUCAGAGGACAACUAUCAUUUUAUUACCUUUGUACCAAUUGGGAAUAAGAUAUAUGAGCUCGACGGCCUGCGUGAAUUUCCGCUUGAACUUACUACUAUCCCUGAAGGAAAGUCAUGGAUGGAGGUGAUCAGCCCUAUACUCACGGAAAGAAUGCGUCGCUUCAAUGACGGCGACAUAAUGUUUAAUUUGAUGGCAGUUGUUGGUAAUAUGAUGGAUAAGUACACAAAGAGGAGAGAGGAGAUUCUUGAGGGUAAAGUUACUUUUCCAUCCACAGAUGCAAUGUAUGACGAAUUAGCUGUCGUUGAAAAUAAAAUUGAUGAGGAAGGACAUAAGCUUGACAUGUAUAGGAGAGAGAACGCCAGACGUCGUCAUAAUUACCUACCAUUUAUUGUCGAAAUGCUUCGCAUAUUAGCGAAGGAAGGUCGGCUUGUUCCUUUGGUUGAAAAGGCUCAAACAAAUGCGCGACAGCGACUAAGCCGUGAGAGCAAGCGACAACCGCAGCAACAACAACAGCAGAGCUGAGUUCGGAAGUGUACUUUCCACCCUGUGCAUUUUUCUCAUAACUAGCAGUUAACUUUUCACCCCACUUCUAGCUAGUGUUUUAUUGUUUUCGGAUUUGUCGUCAUAAGUUUCAUCGAUUAUCAGUGGCCUUUUGCACGAUUGUCUUUGCUGCUACUUCACCGUGACAUAUUGAUUUGAAGAAUGUUCAGCUUGAUAAUGAUGAACGCACUGUGUGUCCUACUGUGUUACUAACUGCUCCUCUCGUGUUUAUACCGAACUUUCGUACUUAUGAUGGGUAUUGAAUCGAAUAAACCUCAUUUUCUGCCAAA